AUGGCACAGACACAGACCACAGCGAUACCAAAGCAGACCCAGAUCCACCAUACUGAGGCAGUGGAUCAAGCCUCCACCACACAUGCAGUCUGUUCAGGACAGCAGGAUGAUGCUGAUGCACCUACUGUCCACACGGGAGAGAAGCCUUACUCCUGCUCCGACUGCAACAAGACCUUCCACAGACAGGAAUCUGACAAACUACUACACCAAGGGGGGUGGGGCUCCGCCUGCCCGCGCACCUUCUUCCGUUCCGACGGAUGCAAGCACACGGGAGAGCAGCCGUUUCCGUGCCCGUACUGUGAGAAGACGUUUGCGACCGCCGGUAUGAUGAAGGCGCACGCCCUGGGCCACCUGAGUGAGCAACCUCGCCCGUGUCCCCACGGGGGGAGCUUCAGAACAGUGUAUGAUCCGAGUCAUCAGCUGGUGACAAGGCCCUUCCUGUGUGUGAAGUGUCUCAAGGCCUUCAGGACAGCAAGGAUUCUGCAUAACCACAAGGUCCACCACAUGGAGGACCGUGACCACACCUUUGAGGACUGCAACAAGACACCCCAUCACCUGAAGCUCCACUCAGAGGACACGCCCUACGUCUAUCCCGACCGCGGCAAGGGAUUCCUCCGACCCGACCGCCUCACCCUCCAUCGCCGUACCCACGUUACAGAGCCCAAGUCCAGGAAGACGCGCCACAAGUGUUCCAUGUCUCCUUGGUGAACGCCCGCAGGCACACCUCACUGUUCACCUUAAUGUUGAGCACGGCGUCGAACCGUCCACCCACCCCGGGGUCAAAGUUUAACUGUCAUCUGGAUUGGAGGCAAAGACUAGGACAGGCCAAACCGCCUUCGUUCAGCUGACCUGUGUCGGGUUAGUUUUACAGGUCUGAACCAACUGGAUAACCACAGCUGUGACACGGAGAAACGGAGUCAGAGACACAGACAGUUCCAGCAGAAAAGGAGGAUCACAAUGAAGAAGUCAGAGCAGAGUUUGGUGUUGAAAGAAGAAAACGUGUUCCCGUCUUAUAAACUACUUGUCAGUGUCUAGUAGUACACGUCAUAGACACCAGCUUGUGUCAGGGAGUGCUGUAGAAGGGAAAACAGGUAUAGGACCAGUUGUUAAACCACAGCUUGUGACCGGGCCGGGGAGUGCUGUAUCAUAGGACCAGUUGUUAGACUGCAGCUUGUCAGGGCCAGGGAGUGCUGUAGCAGCAAGAACAGGUCUAGGAACUGUUGUUAGAAUGCAGUGUGUCAGCAGGAAGAACAAGUCCCAGGUCUGUUUUUAUGAUUGUAGCCAACCAGGGAGUGGGACAGCCUCUGACCUUGUUCCAAGUACCUGUAGUGAGGUUCACAACUCCUGGUAGAGUCACAGCACCAUCUACAGGCCAAACAGUGAAACAACAUCCUCUGUGACUAGUUUACAUGGCUGUGGUAUCAUCCACAGCAACACCCAUAGCACCAGUAUAGUAUCCAAACCCAUAGUAACACUAGUAAAUCCCUGACAAGUCUCACCUGUAGCAGCUAAACACAUAGUAGCAGCACCAGUCACCUCAGCAAUGACAUCACAACUAUGACAUCACCAGUAACUCCCAGGUGAAGACCAAACAGAAGCAAAUGGUUUUUUGUUAAAUAAAUUAUAUAUAAAACAGGGACGAACCCUUUUAGUUGCAAAAUGUUUUUCUACAGCGUUUAA